ACGGCGUGUUGAUGUAUUGAUAACAUAACGAAGUGUUUACUGCUCUAAAGAACACUUUCACUGAUGUGAAUUACGAUGUUAUUAUCGGGAAAAGUAAGAGAAUUGUUUACGCAGUGUUAAUUGCUAUGGAGAACAACUGGGAGUUAACAAAGAAGGCAUUUGUCAGCUGACAAAUCUCCACGGCUACGUGAAAGUCAGGCAUAUAUUAGUUACCCAGCGACGAGAGAACAGACAUUAUGCACUCUUUAUGAAAGCGGGAAUAGAUUUAAGGAAGGCCUUUCAUUAGCUGUAUAGCAGAGAAAAAAAAAAAAAAAAAAACUCUAGGACAGAAAUUAAUGAUGAACUAUUUAUGAGGGCGGGAAUAAGUUGUAAGUGCAGUGUCAUGAUUCAUCCGAAGUCGACCCUCUGACGAAGUGCGACGUUUUCGAAUUGUUUUCGCCCCGAGAAUAAAUUUCGAAAGAGCUGCCCUUCCCCUCCCCCUCCCCCUCCCUCGCUUUCCAGAAGCCAUGGGUGCCAACGCCUCCCACCACGAGCCCUUGGGGGAUUACCCCAGGGGCGGGGCAGGGGGCCCGCAGCAGAGGGCCUCGUCCCACGGGGCGCCCUCGCACCACAGGUCUUCCUUUCGUAAGUCCCUCCGGAAGAAGAAGAGGGACAAGUACGAACAGAAAGACCGCGACGAUAACAAGGAAAAUCACGAUGACGCCGUGACGUCAUCGUCCGGGCGGGAUGCGCCACCCAAGGUUGAAGGACCGAGCGGAUCCAGGGAGCGCAGGAUGGACAGGUUGCGCAGGAGCUUCCGGGAGAGCUUCCGGAAGAAGAAGGACCAUCACGUGACGGAGGCGUCGAAGCCCCACCAGUGGCAGACGGACGAAGCCUCCGUCAGGGCUGGGACCUGCUCCUUUCCCGUCAAGUACUUGGGAUGUGUCGAAGUCUAUGAGUCAAGAGGAAUGCAAGUAUGCGAGGAGGCCUUGAAGGUAUUACGGAAUUCACGGCGCAGACCUUUGAGAGGUAUGCUGUACGUGUCUGGAGAUGGACUCAGGGUUGUUGAUGACGAAACGAAGGGCCUUAUAGUUGAUCAGACAAUUGAGAAAGUGUCCUUUUGUGCACCUGAUCGAAACCACGAAAAAGGCUUCUCAUACAUAUGCAGGGAUGGAACAACAAGACGAUGGAUGUGCCAUGGAUUUAUUGCUGUUAAGGAAACGGGUGAGAGAUUAAGCCAUGCUGUUGGUUGUGCAUUUGCGGCAUGCCUAGAGAGGAAGCAAAAGAGAGAUAAAGAAUGUGGUGUAACUAUGACUUUUGACCCAAAUACAUCAACAUUCACCCGAAGUGGCUCAUUCCGUCAAAUGACUGUCACAGAAAGGCUGUCCGACCCUCAGGAAUGUAAACCUAUUGAGCCAGUGCCAGUAAAAAAGGUUGAGAAUCCCCACGCGAUCGCAAGACCUCAUGCUACGCCUCUUAUGUUGCAACGACAGGGUUCCUUUAGAGUUUUUCAGCAUCUUGGUCAGUCUUCACCUUUCAAACGACAGUUGUCUUUACGACUAAAUGAAUUACCCUCAAACUUGGAGAGGACAAGGUCUAUGUCUUUAGAUAACAACACCAUCAAUUCUACAACGACUAAUAACAAUAACCAACCACCAGAGUCUCCCCAGCCUCCACCUCGCACUCAGAGGAAUAGACUUCACUCACUCCCAAAUGCAGUUAACAUGACUCCAAUACCAGAGAUAUCACCUAUGGUGGAGAACAAAGCUGGCGAUGCUGUAUCUGCUAUGUGUCAGGAACUCUCUGCCGGACUGUCUCUCCUCUCAAACUUCUCUGAUCCAUUUGCAAAUUCACCGGAGAGCGGCUCACCAACACAAAACUCAUAUACCACAACAGUUGCGACAAGCUAUACUAAUGUAGCGAGCACUGAGAUUACUAGUCAGCAAGUGAUAGCACCAAUAUCUCAAGGAGUGUUAUUGCCUUCUGUUGAUCCGAUCAGAGAAGAAAUCCCUUGGGUUGCUCCAACCAUAAAUGGACAGGAAACCGGCACUAUUACUAGCACUACAACGGAAAGUGGGUUUUCAAGAGGGGAAGAAUGGCUAUCGCAGAUCAACUCUCAGUCAGCAACUAUCACAAAUGGAACUACCACACCACCGUUGGUAAAUCAAGAAGGAAACACGGCUGUUCUCAGCCGUCGCAAUCCCCCUCUGAGUCAGUUGAGAUCGUCAUCUUUAGGAGCCACACCAAAUUCAUCGCCCCAUUAUCCUUCUACAUGCAGUACAAGGGAUCCAAUGAGUUCAUCUUGGACGACUUCAAAUGGGACAGGUGGAGGUCCUGUGACAGCAAAUUUGAUAGGAGUGACGACAAAUUCUACAUCCACUGGACCUGGUGACCCGUUUGAUGCCGAAUGGGCAGCGCUUGCUACACGAAAUGCAAAUCCAAAUAAUCCUUUCCUGCCAAAUACUGUCACUAAGGCAUUUGAGGUACAAAUGUGAAUGUAAGGAUUGUAGAGAUUUUUAAGGUAUUACAAAAGUUGAAAUUGAUUUGUAUAUGUUUGAUAUGAUCAAAAUAACUUACUGUACUUAUUUUACAAAAUGUGAUUGUUAACAGUACAUCAUAUAAGGUUAUUUUAUUGAUUUUAUCCAAGACUCAUUUUAACGGUGCAUAAGUGGUCUCCUAGUUACUGCUCGAAAGAAGAAGGCAAUAGUUAUUUAGGUGAGGGAAGGUUCAACUACUGCAUGAAUAAGGCAGGUAUAUUUUCUUAAAAAGAAUAGAUAUUUAUAUAUGUGCAUUUUAUGGCCUUAUGCCUAACUUCAUGCAUUAUAAGACUAGCAGUUUGGCAAUGAUGAUGUUACAGUCUUGUUGAGGAAAAUGGCCAAAUAAAAAGUUUAUUGUUGCUGUACUUAAAGUUUAGGGACUGAACUCUGUUCAGGAAGGAUAUUUAUUGUGCUAGCAAAUGCAUAUUUCUAUUUUUUACUGUACUUAAGAUGCAGAAAAAUGUUUUCUGAAAUUUUAGAUGAUGCUAACCAACAAAAGAUGUACUUAUAUGUAUCGAUAACCUUAGAAAAUAAUCUUCAUCAAUUUACUCACAUGAAAAUAAUUAAUUGAUGUUCAUAUUCAUAGUACUAUAUGCACAGGUUAUGAGUAAGUAAUAGGUGUGUGAUAUGCCACAUAGCAUAUUACGUAGCAGUGUGCAUGGAUAUAUAUAUAUAUAUAAUAUAUGUAUAAGAUAUAGAAAUAUAUGUAUGAGCAUAUGUUUUAUAUGUAUCUUUUAUAUAUAUGUAUAUAUAUGUAUGUUUGUGUGUAUGUAUGUAUAUAGUAUAUAUCAUAUCAUAUAUAUAUACAUUUGCAGUAUCAUAUUGGUAAUGCAAAUAUUCAAGUGUUAUUUUUAGAAUGUCUUUUGAUGGGUUUAUAGUAAUGAACAUUUUUUUAAAUUAUAUUUUUCUUUUCUCUUUUAAAAUAGUAAUGUCAGACUCCUAUUGUUAUAAUAGCAAUGUCUGACAACUGUUGUAAGUUUAUGACCAGAGAAUCUGGUAAUGCUGUGGUCCUCUUAUGGCGAUUGUGCAAAUUUGUUCUUCAAAAUUGUUGAAAUAUUUUUCUAAUGUUGCUUCUCAUUAAGACGCUGUUUUGUACCAUAGUCUUUGGGAUGGUGUGUAGUAUGAUCAUCUGGUAACUGUAUCAUAGUUUUUCAGUUUUCUUGACAAGUCUAUUUUCCCUUUCCACUCUUGUACAAGAAUUGAGGGAGAAUGCUCCUGAAGUUUGCUGGUUGAUCUCUAGUGCAUUUUGGUGUUUUGCAUAUCUUCAUGUUAGCCCAUGGGAAUAAUAUGCAUUACUGAUAAAGACAGGAUGCUCAUCAUGGUGCACCAAUGAUUGAAAAAACUCCAUGGAAGGCACUGUUCAUCAUUCUGUGCUGGAGACUAGCCCAAAUCAUUAGGAUAGUACUCCUUUAAAUUCUUGAAGGUUCAUUCCAUAUUUAUAAGAAAAGUAGCAUUUAUUUCAUUCCAUUUCAAGAAAAUUUUGUAAACUAUUUUCACUAUUCAGUUAUAUUCCUGGUUAGAAUUGUCUUAUGAGUCAAUUGUCUUAUGAGUCAUGUCAUUUGUAUGGCUGAGUUAUGGAAGCAUAAAUGAUUUUAAUAUAUCUGUAGAUUAUAUUUUUCUCUCCUUUAGUGCUUAAUAAGUUUUGAAGUCUAGUGUUGGUUCCUCAUAACGAUUUAAGGUGUAUGAUAGUUCAGAAAAUGUAUAAUGAUAUUGUGGAUGUCAGCUGGUAGAUUGAUACACAGAUGCGCCAUAUUAUAUGGUGGUGUUGAUUGCUUGAAGCUGUAAAUUAUUUUGUACUUUCUUUUAGCAGUUAUUCAUGAAGUAAACAAAUUUCUGAUAGUUCUGCUUUUCUCUGCAGUAAUAGUAUCUCGUAAUUUUUUUUAAGAUAGGGAAAGGGAUUGGGGAGAUAAACUUUGCCUUAAUCAUCAUAUUUCAUUAAUAUUUUUUGUAACUAUUUACAUCAUAAUGGUAAAGAAACAUAAAUGCUGCAGUACAGUACAUCAUAUUAUCAUUUUAACUAUUAUUGUGGAUUACUAUGCAUUUGUACAUAGGCCAAGGUUUUGUGCUAAGCAAAAUAAGGAAAUAUGAAUGAUUAUUCUUAAGGCCUGAUUAGUCACUAAUCACUAAGUAGAAUGAAAUCAGGAUUUAUCAGUAGACACUGUCUUGACUCAUACAUUCCAAGUAUAGGGCGCUGAAGUGCAGCCAUAUCUCACACUUAUGGAUGUAUUUCCAGUCUCCUGAAAAUUGUUAAAAAGGCAUAAAUCUGUUUUAGUUUCUGUUAGUUAUGCUUCUCAGGAUUUAGUUACUGGUAGCACACAGAGCAGUAAUUUUUUAUAUUCACAGUGAACAUGAAUACAAAUUGUACACAAGCCUUCGAAAUUGUUGAAACUGAGUUUUCCAACAUAUUUUACCUUUUUGAAUUCAGUUACCCAUAAUCCUAUUCUCUAUUAGGCUAGAUAAAUUCUGAGGACAGAAAGCAGUUUCUUGAGGUGUAAAGAUUUAGAUAGGAUGUACUUUAAUAGAAUUUUUAUAGAUAGUUUAUCCAUACCACUAAGCUAAAAUUAUUGGAAAAUUUUUAUAUAUCCAUUUUGGAAGCUCGUUCUUUCACCCUUUGACCAGGAGCUCACAUCUUAGGUAAAUGGAGUCCUAACAUCACCUUGAAUACAAAGGUUAAUCAAAGCUAUGCUGUUGCUUUAUGUAAGACAAUGUCAUUUACCGUUGGGCACUGGAUUGAAUUAAAAGUUUCAAAGUUUGCUAUUAAUUGGGUCAUUUGUUUGAAAUAAUAGUAAUGGCUAGAAUCCAGGGAUUGCAAGAUUUUUGUUACUUUUACUCAAGAUCCACAUCCAGUUUCACAUUUGUAUCAUUGUUAUUAGUUUAACCAACUCGAAAUCAAGCUUCUGAACUUCACAUGGUGUUACUACUAUGUAUUGUGUAAUCAAUAUGUUGAAUAAUGUUUUAAAAUCAUGAGUAAUAGUUGCUUGCUGCAGUUUGUCAUAGUAUUACAUUUUCUAUUUUACUGCUAAUACUUGGGUAAAUGUUCUGGGUCUCUUUUUCUCUACCUUACACCUUUAUUAUUGUCUGUGGAUUUCUUUAGGUGUAAUGAUUCAAAUCAGAUAUGCUACCUAUCCUUGUUUCAGUAUGCAAGUUAUUAGUGCAGCAAAUAACUAUGCCUUGCUCAUUUAAGCUAGAAUUUACUUAAUCCUUUUAUAAUGUAAUCAGCAGUUGCAGAUUAUUUUUUAGUGAAAUAAAAAAAUUGAAAUUACUCUUUGGUGAGGAAGGAAACACUAUAAAGUUUUCUUGGCAGUUUUGCUAUAUGAUAGAUCAUUUUUUGUCUUCAUCUUACUGCAGUCCUUUUAAUUUUUUAUCAGCUAACAACAUUCUGUUGCCUAGAAGUUCUUUUGUUUUAUUAAUCUUUCUUCGACUAAUUCACAUACAUGUAUAGGUAAAUUGUCCUCUCUACCUGGAGAGAAGUAAAUCAUAUACAUUUUCAGUACAGAGAGGUAAGAAGAAAAAGAUUUCUGUAUCACCAGUGCUUAGGGAAGUAACUGUUACUUUUGUUGAAUGCCUCAGGCCAGUUCUAUAAUUUGCCAUUUAAUUUUGUACUCAGAUUGUACUCCUUGCUAAUAAUAGUAACAAAUAAUAGUGACAUUAAUUGACUUGGGUAGAUAUAAAUAUUUCAUUAGUAAAAAGUAAAAAGUCUUGACACUGUAAGGCAAGCAUUUCCCGACAAAGCAUAGGUGCCAAGAGAUGGGAAACGGAAUGCAGUGAUUAAUUUGUCAGUAAUUUAUAAAAACAAAUAUGAAGAUUCUCUAAACUGACCUUAUCAAAGGAACAUUGGCCCUUAGAACUGGGUUGACCCAUUGAAAAAUUGUUUUGUCAGUUCCUGAUUAACCCACCUGUCCAGUUAAUUAAAAUGCUCAAUUUACAAUUGUGGUUAAACUAUUUAAUGAUGAUUAACACAGCUUUAUUUUAAAUUGUAUCUUUUCAAAUAAUAUAACAGUAAGAAAAGAAUUAGAUGACUUCGAUCAAUGAACAAUGUUUUUAAAGAAUAUAGCUUACUGCAAAUUUUCUUGUUUUAAAUAAUACAGCUUAUUGCAAUAUUGAAGAAAAUUUAUGGUUAUUUCAUAUUUGGCCCUUUCCCAUCAAGACACUUUAUUUGAAAAUGUAUACAAUAGAUAGAUAGUCAUUGUAGGUAUUUUUGGAUGAUAGUGUUUAUUUGAAGAAUUCAACUGACUGAUAUCAUUUAAGUCUCUCAGACUGGAUGAUACAACAGUUAGUAUAGGCACAGAAGUAAAAGCGCAGCACUUAUUCCACACUUUUACAGUAGUAGUUGCAUCACUGACUCAGAUGCUAAAAGUUUUUGUGUAGUUCAUGGCUCCUGAAAUGUAACAUUUUGAGAUAUCUUAGAAAUUCACAUUUUGACACGCAGACACUAGUUGCAGAAUACUCUCAAUACAAGCAUCACACACAGCUGUACAUUACUGGCAGAGCAGUUAAAAGUAGAGGUCCAAGUUUUGAUAAUAAAGGGUUCGGGUACUUUGAAGUGAUGGGAAGCACUUGAAAGGAGAAGUUACAUAGUACUCAAAACUUAGAUUUUUAUUUCAUGGCUAGGAACUAUGUAGUAAACGUCAAAUCUUGACAAAAGGUUGAUUUGGCCCGUUGAGUGGGCAAUUAAUCUCAAAAGUUGCUCUUUAUUUCUGUAGAUAUACCAUACCCCAAUUGUGAUGGUUUUCUAUACAUGAGCAUAAUUUUCUUUGAAAACUAGGAAGAGAAUCGAUGUGGAAUGCCUGUGGUAUUUUGUACUGACACAAUAAAUUAAGAACAGGUAAAGCUGUCACUUGCAAUGCACAGGUUAAAAGCUAAUUUAAAUGCAAAGUUGAUUGUUAAAGAAGCCCUUAACAGUAAAACUGCCUUAAUUUCUCUUACACGUAGAUGAUAAACGUUUGUUUACUUUUUUUUUUUUUUUUUUUUUUUUUUACAGUGAAGGGUAUGAUACAGUAUAGUUCCAUCGUAAUUUUUAAAUUACAAUUUGGGGAAUGUUGGUUAUUAUGUGCCAGAAAGUUCCCUUGUGCCAGCUUUCACAGAAACAAGUGGUUUUAGAUAUGAUGAUUCACUGAGUUUAUUAGUGUCUUGCGUAAACGUCUUGUAGGAAUGAACAUUUCAUAUAAGGAUUUAUCCAUAGAUGAUAAAGCAUUAUGGUUGCAUAUUUGAUACACUAUAUAUUUCAAUCAACAUAAAAUAUAUUCAUUAUUUUCAUUCAAUUUGGAAGGUUGCAUAAUUGAUAAUGUAGUUGUUACUUGAAAUGUAUGUUUUUAAAGUUGUAAUUUAAGACUCCAGUUUUUUCUAAAAUCAAAAGUUAUAAAAGUUCCACUGCAUUACUGUGUACAAACAUGCUUUUUACAAAUGCUUUUUAUGGGUGGGCUCAGAGCUUCUUUAUUUUUUUGUAAACCUGCUUUGCUUUUUAGCUCAGAUUGCUUAUUCUACGAAGUAGAUUCAGCCCUGUUGAAUGUGACACACGAGUUAGAUUCAGUUUUAGUGAAUGUGGUGCACACACAAAGUUUAUAGGUAAAUGAUGCACUUUGUAAAUGGAAUGUCUGUAUUAGUAUGAACAAUAGCAGGGAUUUUUAGCAGUUACCUUUGGUGUUUUGGUCCUUAGCUAAAUUCAAAAUUUGGAUUUAAUCAUAUAUUCCCAGUACUCUUUAUGUGAAAUGUUAGGCAUAAUAGAUUUAGUUGAAGUCUAAAAGGGGGAGCUAGUAGAUUCUGUCCAAGGAAAUUUAAAGAAUCAACUCUUACAAGUUCUGUAUACUACUGUUCCCCCUUGGAAGUUUGUUGUGCUUCUCAAAAAAAUAAUGAUUACCUCUUAAAUUGCAAUUUACACUCAAACAUUCAUGUUCUCUUGAGAAGAGUAAAAGAGUAAGUGAUGAUGAUACGAGUGUAUAGUUUUUGCAGUGCUGCCACAUAUCUUCCAGUGAGUCGUCAGAACUGGAGUUCUAGAAAUGGUGCAGCAGUCUGUAGCCUGUCAAUAAGCUUUGCAAAGCUUCUCGAGUUCUUUCAGGUGACACAAAUAGGUUCAUUAUUUUAAUUUAGUAGUUCACUAACAUAUUAUGAUAUUGAUACUGAUUAGUUAAGAUCCUGUGGCAAUUGAUGUAACAGUAUUUUAUGCUUUAAGUCCUUGGUUCAUUUUGAUUUGGAACAGUUUAGCUAUGUUUAUUCAUUAAAUGUAUAGACAGACUAUUAAAUUCAUUUUUGACUACUACAGUACAGUAAUAGUUUUUGAGGAAACUGUCCACUGCAUUGGAAUUCACUCAAAGUCCUGUAUUUGUAUAUAUUCCAUUCUCUAUACCCUGUUCUUGUUAUUCUGAGUGAUGUUGAUUCUUAUAGUUCCAAAUAUAAAUAUAUAAUACUUGUCAGUUUCAGAAUAUAUUUUUAUAUGUUUCAAUAUGCUCAAAGUUUUAAAUACACUAUAGUCUUAAAUUAAUUUCAUAUUUUUUGGUUUUGUGGGACCGAUGUCAUGGUCUUAUUUUAGAGAGAGAGCUGCCACCUGCAUCAGUGAGCCACUCGGGGCAAGAAUCACGUUGCAUGGAGUUUGAAAGCUGAUGCAUUUAUGGUAUGACUGUAGUUGGAUGUUUUAUUUUGGUGUUUUUAUGAUUGCUUAUAAUGAAUUUUUCAUCGAGAAUUAGGCAAUGUUAUUUUCAUGUUCGAUUUCAUGGGAUUUAUUUGCAAUGUUUAAAAUAGGAGAAGUUAUCAGCUUGUGCAAAGGGGAUCUGAUUUAUUUACUUAUUAAAUAAAUGUAAACUGAAUUGUUCUAGUUUGGCUUAGAGUACUUUCACUAUGGUCUCCACAAAUUUGACUAAACAUAAUCUUCACAAGAUGCCAAUUUCUGUAUAAAUGAAGUGCGUGCUCUCUUUAAUGUAAUAGCAGGGUCUUGUUCCCCUUUAUGCCUGCUAAUGAUGCUACUGAAAACCCAAGUGUUGUAUUCAUGUAAGGGUUUUGCUGUCUUUAGUAGAUCACUACAUUCCUUUGUUAUUUCUGUGAUAGAUCUGGCAUAAUUGACCCCAUUAUCUUGACUGUGUUAUGUACUGUGCAGUAUAAAGAAGAGUCUUGAACCUGCAUCUUACAGAAAACUACUUUGAUCAUGUUUAAAAUGAGUUUUUUUAAAUGUUGAUGUUGAGACCUAAGAAAUGAAUUGAAGGGUUCAUAUAUUAAUCAGAUACUGGAGAACUGUCUUGAUUGUGCGUACAAGUAUUUGUACUCAUAAUUAACUCACCUUACAUGGUGCACUUAAUACUUUAAAAUAAUACUAAGCCAUUCAAUUCAUCAUCAAAAUUUAUUUUCCGUGAAGAUGUCAGUUGUUAAAUAUACUAUAGAAAAUGCAACAUAGAGAAUAUUACAUGCAGCACAGGCAGAUAUUAGAAUUUUAAUUUCUUACCUGUUUUGUAUGUAUAUAUUGCCAGUGACUGUAACCUCAAGUGGACAUUUUGAACAGUUUUGAAAACUGUAGAUAACAUAAUUUUUGUACAUAGAUUUGAAGAAAAAUUAAUCAGUGUUUGUGAUUGA